CUUAUGACCUCCUUCACACUGUCACCACCAUCAGCACACAGCAAACGUAUGUGCUAAGUACAUAUUGCCAUUCUUUGUAACACCAUGCCCCCACUCCAGCGUUUUGCAUCCUCCUCAACGAUCUCGACUGUAACUCAUUCAGACACGUCUAUUGCUGACACGUCGAUCUCGGAAUCAAACCCUCCUGUUAGUACACAUGUACCCUAUAUUAGACGACGCAACACCCCACAGCAACUCAAUGCUCUCCAGCAACUGCUCGAACUGACUCCCCAUCCGACUCGGGAGCAGCGUCUCGCUUUAGCUGCAGAGCUCGACAUGGAGCUCAAGUCUGUGACCAACUGGUUCCAAAACAGACGCCAGACAGAGAAGAGAAAAUCACUUGUCUGGAAUGAGAAUAAUCCUCCAAAAAUUCACGCACCUCAAUCGCGUCGUCUGAAACAACGCCAUCCUAAUAAAUCAAUAUCCUCCUUCUCUGUUUCGCUUGAUAAAAUCGCUCAGUUGUCUGAGAGACCCUCGUCACCGUCAUUACUACUAUCCGCCAAUCGAGCACCCCUCACUCCUUUCACUCCACGGGCUACUAACGUCCGUGGCCAAUCGUCUCCAAGUCCCUCGGAGUUAUGGAAACACAUCCCAUCAUCCCCCGCUGUUCCGCAAUCCUCCCCAGGUGCUGAGGAAGCUAGACUGGCUGGCCUUCCCUCACGAUCAAAGACCUGGCGUUCGUUAGAAUGGGCCUGUCUCAAGGCGAGGCGAGACAGGCGGGUUGACAAUGAAGAGGAGGAAGACGACCUCCCUUGUCUCCCCUCUUUGAGUCACGGUACCCUCACCCCUGAUUCUAGCGUCCGAAGCAUCAACCUCUCUCCCCAGAGCAAUUCUUCCUUGCUCUUUGGUGGAGAGGAACACAACAAAGGCUUAUCAGAGGAUGUCGAAGCUGCCUUGACGCUCCUUGGUUUUAUGGCGCGUCGUUAACAUUUCAUCAUCUAUACCUUUCUCCUCGUGUGCAAUACCUAUCUACCAAGGAACCUGUUGUUGUAUUCCAGUCUUUAUUCGGUUUUUAUUUGAUACCUAUGGAAUGUUUGCUUUACCACAUCAUACCUUUGAAUUCAUGGCAUGUAUAGAAUGAUCCUUAUUCAUUGUUGCGCCCAUUUUUUCCAGUCAUUGGCCAUAGAAUGACAUCCAAAAUUCUAAAUAUAGGUCGUUUGAUUGAUUUUGUCCACGUGACCGCGACGCGUUGGACUUGUUAGCCGCUAGGUCAUAUCACUGUUACACAUUUCUUUGGACCAUCACUUUACUCUCGCAUCUCUUUCACAGCCUAUCUUACUUUCAAUAUUCC